GUCAGACGCAGGCAGGCUCCCCGGGUGACGCUGGUAGAAAGUUUGCAGGGAGGGGCCGGCGGGGGAAAGUUCGGAGAGUUCCCGGAGAGUUUUGGCGGCGGAGGAGCCGGAGAGACUCAUGAAGAAGAGGAAGCUCACGGAGGGCGUGCGAUGCUCGGCUCGCCAGAAGGCCAAGAAUUGCUCGGCGGGGCAGAACUCCUCCGACAGCGAAGCCGAAUCCCGUCCGUCCGACAAGAAUGCCGCAAAGAGCAGCUCGGUGGACAAUAAUGGGUCUCGUUCCAAGAAUCGCACAAGUGACCAGAACCGGGAGCUAGCCGGCAAAAAAGCUUCAGGAGCCAAGAAUCGGCCUACGGCCAGCAACCGUGCCAGGAGCAGGAGGUGCCCGAAGGUGAAAGUCAGCGCCCGCCUCUCCAAUCGCCAAAUGUCCAAUGGGAACAAUUGCUGCCGAUUGUCAGAUGACAGCCGGGACAGUUUGGUGGUCUCAGACCCGGAGAAGAAAGGAGUCUGUGCGGACAUCACUCCGUUCCUCGAUGAAGACAGCAACCAGCCCAUGCCGCUCGGGAGAUUCUUCGAAAACGCCGACCUCAUGCAGGACUUCCCUCCAGUGGCCACAUCCUGCGCUUCCAUGAGCCGAAGAGAACUGAGGAAUCUUCACUUCAGAGCCAAGGAGGACGAUGACGACGAUGAAGAGCUGAAUAAUGAAGACGCUCUUUAGGACUCCGCCAUUUGUCUUCCCAGACAUGAAGAUUGGUGGACCUUCUGCCUUGUGACACGCCCUCUCUCAUUGGUCCAAACCAAAGUGCUUUUAUAUUUUCCAUGGAGACCCCGACCCCCCCCCCCCAGUUGGACUGAAUGGUUUUCUAGAAGUUCCGUUGUUUUUAGUGUUGGGAAUCCUGGAUCUGCACUAGAAUGCUGCCACCACCUUCAUAACCUUAACAUUGGGGCAUUGCCAUUGGUGGGCGUCGUCUGUUUCUGAUGUCAUGCCUGGAGGAGGAGCCCAGACACAAUGAUAUGUAAUUUAUAUUAAAUUGUUUUAUAUAUAUUGAUGUUCAUAUGUA